GUAAAUCAGUGUAUCACGCAAAUCAACAGAGUGUAAAGUACAAGAAUAUUGAUCUCACUCAAGUGUAUCCAUGCCAUAUAAACUCUGUUAAUACUGUUUACUGAUCAUAUUCAAUAAUGAUGGUGAUUUUAUGCUCUGUACUACUAGUUCUCACCAUUCAAGUGGUAUAUACAUUGCCAAAUACCGACAUUUCAACAACUGGUUCAAGUGGGAAUUCUUCUGAUGUUGAUUGUAAAAUCUGUUUAUCUAUAUUCAGUAGUAUCCAUUAUGCACUGACAGAUGAUUACUGGAAACAACUCUAUGGAAUGUUUACUACAUACUUAUGUACAUUUUUAUCUCCUGGAACUGUGAAGAAUUUCGUGAGUUAAAAAACUUAUUUGAUAAAUGAUCUAUGAAUAUGUAUUCAACUGUAGUAUGGUAUCAAUCAUGUUACACUAAACGCAUAACUAGUCACUGGAGAAUAAAUGGAAGAUUUUGGAACCUAUUUUGAAGAUUCACUGACAACAUAAUUAAGUGAACAACUUCCUUGCUUAGACGUUAUCAGCAGUAAUAUGAGCGUUGUCAAUCUUUAAAGUAUUUACUGAUUAGAAAACACUUAAAAAUCAAAAUAUUAUGAUAGUAAUGUAAAUGAUUUACAAAUUACCCACUCCACACGUUCAAUAUUUCUCAAAGCUCAUUGGUUUUACAGCCGUCCAACUUUACUUUCUGUUAACAAUGUUUCUGCUAAGAAUCAUUCGGACAAGAUGAAAAGGUGAGAACAUUGACACAGAAGUGUAACCAAUUAGUGAAAUAUACUACUCUUGAACAAUUUCAGUAGUUGGAAACCACUCAAGCUGAUGUGUGGAUUUCACGAAAGAAGUAAAAUAUUCAUUCAGUAAUUGUUUUCAGCAGCGUAUAUAUUUGAAAUAUUGAUGUCAUCAUUCAAGAUUUGUUCGCAUAUCAGUGGAAUGUCAUUGGUUUUAUUGGAUAAAAGAGUGAACUUCUUGAAACACAAUAUGCUUUAUUUUCUCUCUUAUUACUUUGAUGCCUCAGUUGGCAACUUCAUGAAGGUUAACCGACUGGUAACCACUAGCAAUUUCUUCAACUUGAUAAACAGUAGAAGAUUUAAAACUUCAUCUACCUGACAUUAUGAUAUGUAGAUGAAGUGAUGGCUGAUUAACAGAAUAAUUCAGGAUUUUUAUUUAUGUUGCCUACAUAUACGGGGUUAACAUUAUACUCAGGUUAUUCAUGGAUGUUCACAAACAAUUUCAGACUAAUUUAAUUUCAUGAACAACAUUGAUAUUUGUAUGUAUGUACAAAAAUCUACAUAAAGAUUUGUGAUGCCAUCAACGUCUACCCUGUUCGCCAGUUAUUAUUAACUUGAACGUAGUUGUAAAUCCUUAAAGGAUUCCAUUGGAAAUAAUCUUCUACACAAAUAUUAAUUAGUCAGAUUGGUAUAUGAAAUGCUACUUCCAUUAUUCACAUAAGAAACUUGUCGAUUGCAUUCAAGUUAUUUAAGCAUUAGACGAUGGUUCAAUCAAUGCUGGAACAACAGUUUCACCAAUAUGUCAAAGUUUAUCUCAGAGGAUCAAGAUUCUGGAUCCAGUGUUUAUUAUGAAAACCAUAUGUCUGUGUAAGACUAUCGGGGAUGGAAUACUGUUGAAAGGUAUCAAUAUUCCAUGAAAACCACAUUUCGGAUCGCUUCGAAUACCACUAGUUAGUAGAUGAGCAUCAAAUUGAUUCUUGAAACUAUCAACUCCUUGUUGUUAUUCAGAUUUGACAAAUUCGAUCAGUGUGUACGCUGAAUCAAUGCAGAUACAUUAGUGAUAACUUUAGGUUUUGUAAAAACAAGCAGUUAAAUGCUGUUCACUUGGUUACACCAAAAUGUCUGAUUGACUAGUGAAACACAAAGUUACACUAUUCAUAUCACUUGGCAUCAAGUUUAUUUUUUGAAUAUGUAAAACACGUAGUAGAUGUUUUUUUUUAACAAAAUACAUGAUCAUAUCACUUAUUUAUACAAAAUAUUAAAGGUGAUUACAUUGUAAGAAUAAUUAGUGAACUAUUGAACUUUAUUACAUUUCACUUCAGUUAUUAAUAUAAGUAAAAGCCUAGAGCGUAUUGACUUCACUGACAGUUUUACAAAACAUUUUUUGUUUGUUUAUUAUCCUUCAGUGUAUUGAUCAUGGUGAUGAGUAUAUGCAGAAAGUAUUAGAGUUGAUCGGUUCUGAAAUCCAGCCGAAAUAUAUGUGUCAGGUAGUUUAUGUGUUAUCAUUAUUUUCUCUCUCUUAUCAUCUUUGUGAAACUAACCUCUUACAUGUUUAUUUAUCGUCAUUAUUAUUCAAGUGAUAAUUAGUGAAACAGUUCGAGCAUGUUAUUUUUAAUGCUUGAAUUUCAUGUUGAUAAGUUUUGGGAUCGACUGGUUAUGUUGUCUACAAAUGCGACUAACACCAAUUGAAGAACUAGUGAGAAGUUGGGACACCUUAAGUAGUAUACAGCACUAACAGCUCUAGGGAUUGAAUUGAUCACCCCACUCAGAUCUCAAGGCGAGCUUAUUAGCUGUUCAGACAUUGAGUCAAAUUUCAGUGGUCUACAGGGUUUUGAUUCCACCAGCUAACUCCCACCAACGACUCCAUCCUAAUAGAUAAGUUUUAACUUGUAGUUGAAGAAUAUCAUGUUCAUGGUAAUGGGUUGGUUGGUAGUGAUUAGGAAAUCAGAAGAAUGUAUAUUUCAAUCUGAACACUUAGUUUCGGAAGACAGUUGAAUGAUGUGACUCUUUGAUCAUCACUGUCUUUGAUACAUAUGUAGACUUUUUUCUCAUCAAGAUGAGUAAUAUUUCCUGAAAGUAGUAACUAAUCAGACUGAAUUUUGUAAUAGUUACAUGGAAACAUAGGCCUUAGAGACUCAGGUGGUAAGGAUACCUUUCUUGACUAUUUCACUCGUGUUCACCUAGAAAUUAUCUUCAUCGUGCAAGAAGAAUGAAACAACAGCAUUCGAUUGCUGAAUAUCCUACCAAUACGAAGUCUGGAUGAAAUAGUAAAAUUAGGUUAGGUUUAGCAAACCAUUAUCCACUCAUCAGUAUGAUCUCGUCCUCAAUCAUAUACCUCUGAGAUGUGAGUACAAUAUGAUGAAAUAUUCAGUUCAUUGCGUAAAAAGUAUUUCGUUCUUAUGAUACUCUUAAUGAAGAGGUAGACGAUAAUGUCUGGAACGUACUUUGCCAAAGUAGAUUCAAAUCAAGUUUGUGAGUAAAUACAUGACGUAGGCGGCAAAGGUUAGGCAAAUAAUGACAACAGUUUCCAUGAGACCUGUUUCCUUGAAACGUGCGUGUUGUUUAAAAGCAACAUGAAUGAAACAGUGACACAGUGUUCGAAAGUAGUUCCUUAGAGAACAUUCAGUAGUGCAACAAGUAGAGAUAGAUUAUAAGUUUAAAGUUAUCCAUGUGUAUUUAUCAGUUUACUUGAUACUGUUAGGCUAUUUACAUAGUGGUAGCAAGGGUGUAAGCUCAUAGUCAAAUAUCCGAUCACCACUCAUCAUGAUUGAUUGGAGAAUAAAUAAACAUCAUAUUAAACUGCUUACUUGCUCAUUUAAGGGUACACGUUAUCAUGUGGAUAAAAGAAAAGCAACUUCAUAACCACCUGAUCUUCCAUAUAGUUCACGAUUCCGUCUACUACACAGGAUCGAAGCCACUCAACUCAUUUAAUCGCCUUCACUACCAAAGUGAAGUUACAUCUCGAUUUAUUCUACUGAGUAAACUUUGAAAAAUUAUAGCUGAUCUUACCUAUUUCGCUCAACUGAGUAAUUUCCUUUCAUCUUUUCUAACACCUUGACUUGAUAUAUCCACUUGAUGAAGCAAUUCAUUUCUCUCUACAUUGUAGUAUAUUCAGUAGUCUAGCACAACCUGAUACUCAUUCUGUUUUUACACAUUUUCUCUUAAUCCUUCCUUUUUGAGAUUAUUCUACUUAUUUAUGCAUACCUGUUUCUCUAAAUUACUAUAAGCCUCAUAAUUCAGUUUGAUUUUGCAGGCAUCAUUCAGUAGUCCACUACCUCAAAAAUAUUAUCCUUAUGAUAAUAAUAAUAAUAGUAACUGUUAAAAACUGUAUACAUUGUGUACAGUCGUUGUUGGCACGUUAAUUGGAGAGAGAUGUUUCUUCAAUCAAUUUGUAUUGGUUCCACAUGGAGGUAUUCAAUAUAUGGAAGUUUGGUAUUUAAGAAAGAAAUUAUAUGACAUAUAUGACUUAUGGAAAGUGUAAUAAUGUAGGAGACGUUUCGAGGAGUCAUAAUUAUAGCUCAGUAUAGUAGUAGAAUAAUUCUAGUCAGGUAGCCUAGCAAAUUGAUUUAACUAGGCAUCGAAUGUUAAGUAGAUUGCUUAGAGUAAAGAGAGUAGAUAAUCUCUUCUUCCUUACACACUUGUAAUCUCUAAUGAAAUUUGGCAGUUACCCUUUAUAUAGAUAUAGCAAACUAUUUAUUGCAGUAAAAUGUAUGAAUAAUUUGUAAUUUUAUUAUUUGUUUAUGGAUGAAAUUAGUAAACUUGUUGUCAUAUUGUCAUUUAUGCUCAAUGAGAACUUUGCUUUACCUGUUUGACAUGUUGAACACAUGUAACAGUUGUACAAUUACAGCACCAACUAAAACAUUUCCCAUUAUAUAAUGAGAUGUAAGCGAAUGGGAAUGAUUCUCAGUUAAUUUGAGCAUUACAUAUAUGCUGUUUGUAUUUCACAGUCAACUUUAUAUUUCUAUUCAAGUAUAAAUAAGGGAAUAGAUGAAAAACAUUGAUGUAUUCAAACCUAGAUAACUGAAUAACAAUCUACUGGACGAUGUAGAUUACAAUGAUUCCAAGUACUGACUACCUCACAUAAUUUACUUGAAGGUGAAAAAUUACCUUCGACAGUAAUUGAGUAUCUCUUGCAAUACUCUAUUCACCACUCCUGUUGUACAAGUACUAGAUAUCUUAAGUACAUCCAAGUAGGGCCUACUGUGUACUUUUUGUCAGAUUAUAACGUGCAAUUAUUGCAGUAUAAUGUUCGUGUAUCAAUUGGCUACAAAUAAAACUUCGAGAUAUAUGUGUAGUUUGUUGAAUGAAGUCAGAUAGCAGAAUACUUUGUUUGAUUAGAUAGAAUACUUCAUAGUGUGCAUGUGUAAUUCAUUGAGGUAAACACUGUUGAAAUAUCAGAGCUUUGAUGAAUUGAUGAAUCAGUUCAGAGGAUUUUGAAUUCUUCAAUGAAACCGCUUUUAUUUAUUCUUAUAAGAGAGUGAAUAUUCUUUUAAACAGAAUCUUCAUAAAUGUGUAUCAGGUGAAAAGAUACAUAUGGAUCCGAGAGAAACAGGUUAUUAAUGAAAAAGAAAAGAUUCAGAUGAAUAGAUAAACUCGUGUAAAACAAUAGAUUAUACUUAGUGUUGUACACCUUGAUAUGAUAAAAAGAUUUUUAAACAGGUUCAAAUUUAAUAUUCUUGUAAUUGUGCAUGGUAAAAGUGGUUUGAAACUUUAUUCAUAACUUCUGUUACAGAUUCCGUUAGUUUUGUGGGUAGUCUUCAACAGUUGGACUACUUACUACUUGAUAACACAAAUAGUGUGAAACCACUGACGGUAAUCCAGAGGUUUUGUGGUAUGUAUAGAAGGACAUUCACUGUGAACCACUAUGACAUUCGUUUUGUAUGAAGUUCGUUAGCUAUUUAGGCUAGUAAUAUCCUAGAUGCUUCACUUACUUGAUGAAACACUCAGUAUAUUCUCUUCUCGAAUAUCUUCUCAUUUAAAACAGUAAUAUUAUAACAUUUGUUGGAUUGUUUCACGUCACUAUACCGGACAGUCAUUUCGUCGUGAGAUACACAGGAAGUCAAUGAUUUUGGAGACUGACUGAUCAUUCUCCAGUCCUGACGAAUUUGUAGUGCAACUGCUAAUCUACAAGACUUGCCAUUGCAGUAUGCUCUGAUAGAUGUGUGUUGGAUGGUGACAAUGAGCAAGCAACUAGAAGCCUAAAUUCCAUCACGAGAUGUUCACGCUCACGCUCAUGUUCAUGUUCAUGUUAGACAAUAUUAUCAGUGGAAACUUCAACUGGGAUUGAUUUAGGAAUAGUUGAGUUGGUUAACGCUGAGUAGGUGAUAUAGGUUGAUACUAAUAGUUAUGCUUAAUGGUUAGGAAGAAGAUUACCAAAUGAUGGCUAAGGCAUGAUUCAGGUGAGAUAGGAAAAUUCAAGUAGACAGAAUUACCUAAGAAGUCAUUAAAAUGUCUUCAACCUCAUUCUCAAUAUGUUAUCAUGCACAAAGAAGUUUUCGAAUUCAGGUUUCUAAGUGCAAUAACGAUAACUGACACGCCACCUGUCCGACCCACCCAUCAGCACAUCUCGCCUCACUUUUAUAAAUUAGCAAAUGUUUUCAGCGUGUUUUCGCACCAGUUACCCUCAACUGUCAGCAUCCACAGUUAUCCACGUUCUGGAACAGUCACAAUGUCUACUUAUUUACACUAUUGUAUCUGAAUUGCAAGGAUAUUCAGGUGUCAUUCGAUGUCAUCUGACACUGGGUCUACUAUGAAAUUCCGAAAUGAUGGCAAGUUCAUUUCAGUUCAGUUUUUUACAAAUAUAUCAGCAUGAAAACGCGAAAUCAUGAAUCAACUACUACUACUACUACUACUAC